AUGAAAGGUAUCUUGCAAAGGAAGCAAUCUGGUGCGAGCCGCGAACAUUCACAUUGUGGUAGGGCCAACUCUCUCAUCAGGAAUGUUACCUCCAAAGAGAUUAUUGAAAAUUUGAAUGAGAAGAAGGUAGAGGCUCUAAAAGAAAUGUGGGGUGCUUCAAUCUUGAUGCAAAGUGAGGAAUACAUUGGUGCAAAAAAGAAGCUCCUCAGUGCACAGAAAUUAUACCCUGAACUUGAUAACAUCAAUCUUAUGCUUACAAUCUGUGACAUACUACUUCUUGCUUCAAUUGUAAGAUUAUCAUCAGAUAAUGAGAUUCACCUUGAUUGCAUUCUUGAUUUGAUAUAUCCAUCAGCCACUUAUUCAGAUGCUAGAUGUUAUCUUCAUGAUCUUGUUACAUUGAUAAAUGGAAUCAAAGAUGAGUUUCCUGGAUCUGAGUUAGCACUAGAGAUUGUAAAGAAAGCACUGGACAUGGUUUCGGAUAAAGAGAAGCGUUUUCAUGAUCAUUGCUUUAGGAAGAAAAAUGAUGCCGUUUCUUGGAACGAGGUUCUUAAUGGAGAGAGCACAGAAUCUGCCUCCAUUUUGGAGAAAGAUUUCCCAAAUCUUGAAAUUCCAUUUGAACAUAGGAGCUUGGAGGGAUCCUUAAUUGAAGAUCAAGAAUGUCAACAAAAACAAGAAUUCUAUAAUUUUGAGGAAGAAAGAAAUGCCAUUUUGUUUGAACCAAACCAGAUUUGGGCUAUUCACUAUAAACAUGAUGAGGUUAAAUUCAACCAAUGCCCUUAUGCAAAGAUCAAUGUCAAAAGUGGUGAUUUUCUUAGUGUUACAUGGUUGAAACCAGUUCCAUUUAAUGAUGAUGAAAGAAUGUUGUGUAAUGCUGGUUUUCCUCUUGCUUGUGGAGUCUUUUGCCUAGACACAAAUGCAUGUGAUGAUCAUGUGAGGACUAAGAUCUUUUCCUACAAAUGUUGUUGGAAUAUUGGUUUGAUGAAUGAUCAGAAUCAGCAUCAGAUUGAGAUUUACCCAAAAAGGGGUGAAAUUUGGGCAGUUUACAAAGAUGGGGUUCUUGAUGAUUGGAGCUGCAAUCCUGAAGAACUUAAAAGGAGCAAGCUUGGAUUCAUAGAAAUGCUUUCUGAUUAUUCAAAAUGCAAAGGUGGAGACUUUGUUCCUUUGGAGAAAGUUAAUGGUUUCUGCAGUGUCUUCAAAAGACUAACAUGUGGAAGAAAGAGUCCUACUUUGUUUCAUGUUCCUCCCCAAAAACUUUUUCUUUUCUCUCAUAAGAUCCUAUCUCAUAGGCUUAUUGGAGGAAGAGACGAAGCUUUAUUUGAAUUGGACCAAAUGGCUUUGCCCAACAAACUGAUCUUCAAGGAUACUAAUCCUUGUGAUGUUGGUGAGAAAAUUUUAUCAAAAUGUGAUUUUUCCACUUGCCAAGUUUGGGCAAUUUAUUGUGGAAAAGAUAUGAUGCCACGCCAAUAUGCUUUGGUGAAUAGUGUAAUUUCUAAUAAGCAUGUUAGUGUGACACUCUUAGAACAUGAAUUAGAAAACUUUGAGAAAAGAUUGAUAGGAGAUAGAUUCAUUGCUUGUGGAAUGUUCAAACCUUGUAAUAGUAAGGUCAUGCUGAAUAUGUCACAUUUCUCUCAUUUGGUCAAUUAUGUGAAUGGUGCAACUAGGCCACAACAACACUACAUGAUUUAUCCCAAGAAGGGUGAAAUUUGGGCAGUGUACAAGAAUUGGGAUAGGAAUUGGGGGAAUAAUGACUAUGAAAAAUGUCAAUUUGGAAUAGUAGAAAUUAUUUCAGACUUCUCCAAAGAAAAUGGGAUAAGAGUUGCUAAACUGGAAGAGGUGCAAAAUUGUGUAACAUUUUUCUGGAGGCAAAAAUAUGAAGGUUUUGAUCUAUGUUUUACUGUUUUUGAAGCAGAUAUGCAUAGGUUUUCUCAUCAAGUUAUAGCUUACAGAGUUCCUGGAAUUGAAAUGUAUGGUAUUCCUGAGGAUAGUUGGCAUCUUGAACCUCAAGCAAUACCUAAUCAGUAG